AUGGAUAACCACAAGGAGAAUAAGAUAAGGAAACAGUCCAUGAAAACCAAAUCGACAAAACGCAAAGAGAAGAAAUACAAAGCCGGGAAGGUUUUCAGAAGGAAAUCGUUGAAGUCCGUUGGGCAUUUUAUGAGCAGGAUACUGAAAACUUUGGGAACUUUGGCACACUUUGGCGACGUCGAGACCACCUGACGGCGAGGAUGAUGAUGGCGGGUUCCGAAACAGCGCCGCGUGCUCGUCGAGUGCCAACUCAGGGAAUUGUAAUAAAGAUGAAUUUCUGGUCUCGAGGGAGAUUAAGGUGAAGAAGAGCGCCUCAACUUUGUCUUCUCAUGGAUCUAUAAAAGACAGGCUGUCGUGGUGCUAUGGCGACAAAACUCCUGGAGUCCUUGGUUUGAAGAAUCAUGGAAACACUUGUUUCAUGAAUGCGGUGGUUCAGUGCCUCAGUAAUACGGACCUUCUGGCGGAGUACCUUGGUUUGGAACAAUACAAGUCUGAUUUGUGUCAGGGGAGAGUAAACGGAAUUGUAAAAAACGAGGACGCACAAUUUGCCAGGGGUGAGGUGACCACACAGUUGGCAUCCUUGGUGCGGGCGCUUUGGACCCUCGAAUAUACCCCUCAACUGUCCGUGGAAUUCAAG